GGAAUAUUACUUUGUGUCAGUUUGAAGCGGGCGGCUCAACGAAUGGGUCGCGUCACAUGGAAAUAAGUUCUGUAAUUGUAAAAUGGAUCCAGUCCAACUAGUACACGAAUGUAUAUUGUCCCAUAGAACUAAAGUUCCUGGCAAUCCAUUCAUAUUGCGACCAUGGCUUUAUGAUAACUCAGCAGCUAAUGCAAAUACAGAUAAUGUACGAAUCAAAGGAAUCAUUGCCGGUGGACUCACAGGUGGAAUCGAGAUGUGUAUUACAUAUCCAUUUAAUUAUGUUAAAAUGCAAUUGCAAUUGGAUGGAAAGGCAGGAGCGGGAAAACAAUACUCAGGAAUAUGGGAUGUAGUGACAAAAACUGUAAAUAAUCGUGGAUUUUUUGGACUUUAUCGAGGACUCACUGUUGUUAUUUCUGGUGCUAUUGCAAAAGUAUCGGUUCGUUUUGGUGCCUUUGAGUCAAUUAAAAAACAAUUUCUUAAUAGCGAAGGGAAACUCUCACCGGAAAAAAGAUUUUUCGCUGGUCUCAGUGCUGGUUUAUGUGAAGCUAUUCUUGUAGUAACACCUGCAGAUACAAUUAAUGUGAAAAUUGUCAACGAUCAACGAUCACCAAAGCCAAGAUUUCGUGGAAUUAUUCACGGUAUCAGCACUAUAAUUAAAGAAACUGGUCUUAGAGGUGUUUAUCAAGGACUUGUGCCAACAAUGAUAAAACAAGGAAGCAAUCAAGCGAUUCGUUUUUUUGUUGUGGAAACAUUAAAAGAUUGGUACAGUGGAGAUGAUAAAAGUAAAGUAGCCCCUAAGCCCAUAGUUGGUCUUUUUGGUGCAUUUGCGGGAGGUGUUUCGGUUUUAGGAAACACUCCAAUAGACGUUAUAAAAACGAGAAUGCAGGGAUUGGAAGCUGCAAAAUAUAAAAAUGCUUGGGAUUGUGCAGUUCAAAUGUGGAAAAUUGAAGGACCAAAAGCAUUUUACAAAGGAACUAUACCAAGACUCAGCAGAGUUUGUUUAGAAGUUUCCAUAACUUUUAUGAUUUACGAUACACUUUUUGACAUUUUUAACGUGAUGUGGUCUUGAAAUUAAUUCACAUCACAUUUUCUAUUAAAAAAAAAAAAUGUAGCAAAAGAUUAGAUAAUGAAAAUUAUAGUUUGCAAAAAUCAGAAUAAGUAGAGCAAACUAUUUUUGAAGAUAAAGAAAAUGUUUUUUUUUUACGUUAUUCUAUUUGAAAAAAGGAUAUAUACAAUCGCGGAGAAGUUUGUCUAAUAGAAUUUAAUAACAAUAAAUACCUUGUAUAUAUGUAUUUUUGUAGAGAUAUGAGAUACUAAGGUACAAUUUUUAUAGGAAGAAAAAUAAUAUUUAAUAAUAAUAGAACUUGUCGAAAAUUGUGAUGAUAUUUUGCGAAACUAAAUAUUAUCUGUCUCUAGUCGAAAUUUCAUUCGAUUUCGAAUGAUUAGUAUUAUUGAAGCUAAAGAAAAUUUAUUUAUCAUGCAAUUUAAUGCGUGUCAAGAGGAAUAAAAUGUUUCGUAGAAUUUUUAUUUCUGUGAUCAUUCCAAAAAAAAAAAAGAAAUUUUCUUUCUUACACUUUUUACUCCAGUAUUGUACUGCGAAAGCCACAGUUACAUGUGCUUUUAUUAAUGAUUAUUAAUAUUACUCCGUUACUCUGUAAUAUUUCAUUCGUAUAGAAGAUUUAAAGUAAUUUCAGUAAUUUUAUCCCUUUUGUGAAAUUUUCAUUAGAGUAUAUAAUAUUAAAUUGUGUUAUACGUUA